AUGGCCGCCGUCACCAAGAAGAAGAAGGUCAUCAUCGACACCGAUCCAAGGAUCGAUGACGCCAUGGCCAUCUUCGUGGCGCUGAGGUCGCAGGAGCUGGAGGUGGUUGGCCUUACCACCAUCUUUGGCAACGUCUACACCGCCCUCGCCACCCGCAACGUGCGGCACCUCGUCGCUGGAGACCGCUGGAGGACCGACAUCCAUGUCGCAGAGGGUUCCCAUGUAACAAUCAAGAAAGCCACCAAGCUACGGAUUGGGAGCUUCGUCCACGGUUCGGAUGGCCUCGGCAACCAAAACUUCCAUCCGCCGGCCGGCAAGGCGGUGGAGCAGUCCGCCGCCGCCUUCCUUGUCGAGCAGGCGAACCUCUACCCCGGACAAGUAACCGUCGUCGCCCUCGGCCCCCUCACCAACCUCGCGCUGACCGUCCAGCUUGACCCUUCUUUCCCCAAGAAGAUUGGGCAGAUCAUUAUCCUGUGUGGUGCUUAUUCAGUUAAUGGAAAUGUCAACCCUGCAGCUCAGGCAAAUAUAUUUGGCGAUCCUAAUGCGGCUGAUAUAGUUUUUACCUGCGGCGCUGAUAUUUUGGCCAUCGGAAUUAACAUUACGCACCAAGUAAUCCUUUCUGGUAAUUCUCUUGCUGUCCAGAGCUGUUAUUAUACCUUGAUCCCUUUACAAGAAUUCCCAAGUGAUAUUACCAUCCAAUUUGGGGAGAGCAGCUUCAACCUGCAGAGGGAACUGGUGUCGAGGGACAAUGGUGGCUACGACGGCGUGGGCAUGGCGCCCAAGCCCGUGGAUGACUGGUGGGCCGACAAGCUGGACAGUGGCAUUUUAAACCGACAAUUACUCAUUACGAAGGCGGCGUCAUAUUGCGAGGAUGAAUCUCGCCACGGGCGACUCACUAUCGGCGUCGACCUACAAACAUCAUGGGCGACUCAAACGCCCGCGCCGGUAUACAAUGACACGGGCGACUCAUCGUUGGUGCCGCCUUACAAUGACGCGACCAACUCUCAUGACCGCACGAUUAAGGCGGCUUACAAUGACGCGGCCAACUCUCAUGUCCGCGUGAACCAAGACGGCUUAUAA